GAACCCAGAAAUGUCUGAGAAUCCAAAAAUACGUUUCGGCGUAUUAGGAUGUGCAAACAUAGCUAGAAAGGUAGCUCGCGCCAUAAACCUGGCACCCAACUCAACCCUGUACGCCAUUGCAAGUCGCUCCAUCGACAAAGCUCACAACUUUGCAGCCAACAAUGGGCUGUCCUCUCAGACCCUGAAAAUCUAUGGCAGCUAUGAUCAGCUGCUCGACGACCCAUGUGUCGACGUGGUGUACAUGCCUCUGCCCACUAGUCUUCAUCUUCACUGGGCUGUCUUGGCUGCCCACAACAAGAAGCACUUGCUCUUGGAGAAACCAGCCGCUCUUGAUGUGGGUGAGCUUGAUCAGAUUCUCCAAGCUUGCCAAUCCAACGGUGUGCAGUUCAUGACUGGCAGUAUGUGGCUGCAUCACCCUAGGACUGCCAAGUUGAAGGACUUUAUCUCUGAUUCCAAGCUCUUUGGCCGAAUCAACUACAUUCAUAGCUCGUCGACACUUUCAGGAACCAAAGAAUUUUUGGAGAACAACAUAAGAGUGAAACCGGAUUUAGAUGCUCUUGGAGCGCUUGGGGACUUAGGCUGGUACUGCAUUGAAGCCAUUUUGUGGGCUAAGGACUACCAACUACCUACUACAGUCACUGCUCUACCAGAUGUCACAAGAAACUCUGCAGGGGUCAUCUUGUCUUUCACCGCAUCAAUACAAUGGGAACCACUGGACCAAACCGUUGCGACAAUUCACUGUUCUUUCCUCUCCCACACGUCCAUGGACUUGUCUAUAUCUGCCUCUAAUGGUACUAUCCGUUGCAACGACUACAUAAUUCCGUAUGCGGAGAAUUAUUCUGCAUUUGAAUUCACAUCAGGUGCAAAAUUUGCAGAACUCCACAUUGGGUGGACUGUAGUACCUAAAGAAGUUAGAGUGGUUUCUCAGCUGCCACAAGAGGCCUUGAUGGUUCAAGAACUCACAAGGCUUGCCGAGGGCAUCAGGGAAUUUGGGUUUUCACCGGACAAAAAAUGGCCACAAAUUAGCAGAAAUACACAACUAGUAUUGGAUGCAGUGAAGAAAUCCAUUGAUCUUGGCUUUGAACUUGUAAGGGUGGGAUUCUGAUGGCUUUUGAUUACCUCAUGUUCUGGUAACUACAUGCUCAACAUCAUACAUUAGAUUCUUGAAGAUCGUUAAAUCUUGAUGUUCCUCUAGUACAAUCAAUAAGCAGAUAUAAAUCUUCUUUUACUAUAGUUUCAUUUAUUGAUG